AUGGGAGCUGAGAAAAAAUGGCUUUUCACGCUAUUCAGUGCAGCAGUUUUAUCCUUAAUGCUUCUGUUAAUGUCUUCUUUCUCUUCCUUAAGUUCUCAAAAGCCUUUUCCUUCUCAAGUUCAACAUGGUUCUCACUACCCUCCUGCUUUUGCAUACUUUAUCUCUGGUGGACAUGGUGAUAAAGACCAGAUCUUUCGUUUGUUGUUGGCAAUUUACCAUCCAAGGAACCGUUAUUUGCUUCAUAUUGGAAUGGAUGCUAGGAAUGAAGAGAGACAGAGUUUGGCUGAUUCUGUUAGUUCUGUUCCGGCGAUUCGAGCUUUUGGGAAUGUUGAUGUGGUUGGUAAGGCUGAUUGGAUCACUUAUUUGGGUUCAUCCAAUGUUGCUAUCACUCUACGUGCUGCUGCCAUUAUGCUUAAAUUGGAUAGUGGCUGGAAUUGGUUUAUCACUUUGAGUGCACGUGACUAUCCUCUCAUUACACAGGACGAUCUAUCCCACGUUUUCUCCUCUGUAAAUAGAGACCUCAAUUUCAUUGAUCACACCGGUGACCUCGGAUGGAAAGAGAGUGACAGAUUCCAGCCUAUUGUAGUUGACCCAGGAACAUAUUUAGCAAGGAAAAGUAAAACUUUUCAAGCUACAGAGAAGAGGACAACACCUGAUGCAUUCAAACUCUUCACUGGUUCACCAUGGGUAAUCUUGAGCCGACCCUUUCUGGAGUUCUGCAUUUUCGGUUGGGAUAAUCUACCGCGAACACUACUGAUGUAUUUUACAAAUGUUAAGUUAUCUCAAGAAGGCUACUUUCACUCAGUCAUUUGCAAUGCACCAGAAUUUAAGAACACAACAGUAAAUGGGGAUUUGCGAUAUAUGAUCUGGGACAAUCCUCCGAAGAUGGAACCUCUCUUCCUUAAUUCAUCUGUUUAUGAUAUGAUGGCAGAAAGUGGAGCAGCUUUUGCAAGAAAGUUCGAGGUCAAUAACCCUGUGUUGGAUAUGAUCGACGAAAAAAUUCUCCAACGGGGUCACAAUCGAGCUGCACCAGGUGCGUGGUGUUCUGGACGGAGGAGCUGGUGGGUGGAUCCGUGCUCGCAGUGGGGUGAUGUCAAUAUUCUGAAGCCAGGUCCUCAGGCUAAGAAGCUGGAAGCGUCUGUUUCUAGUCUUCUUGAUGAUUGGACCGCACAGACGAAUCAGUGCCAGUGAUCAAUAUCAUAGACAGUACUAAGAAUAGAAAACCAUUGUAGGAAGUUGUGCAGUUUAUUGCACUGACCAGUAGAAGCUGCCAUUUAUUAUUGAUAAAAAGGAGAAACACAUUCUUUGGUCACCAAAGUGUAAUAUCAAUCUUGAAGGAGGGACUUAUGUGCAUAAGAAACAACGAUUGAGAGUUGGAAAAGGGGGAGAGAAAUGCAUUUUGAUGAACCUUGGAGGGUGGAUGUAUUGUUUUGGAGGCUUGAUAUUUAUGGUGGAUCCUUCAAUGCCUUGAAUCAGUGGGAGGAUAUUCCUUCCUCGUGCUUUCAUUUUCAUAGAUAUUGUAUGUUCUAUAUGUCUCUCAUGGUUACUUACCAUAGAGAUUUUGGACGAUUCGAGCAGGAUAGCUAGCUCAUUCUUUUUGGAUUAUGAAUAUGAUUAUCAUUUUCCAUUCUCCAUUCAAUCACUUCCUUUUGGCACA